AUGGCCGCUCCGACGAGCCCGCCGCUCCGCUUCGCCGUGGCGCUGUUCCCGGGGUUCCAGGCGCUCGACGCCUUCGGCCCGCUCGACGUGCUGAACGUGCUGUCGCGGCGGUACCCGAUCUCUAUCCGCGUGCUGGCCGCGACGCGGGAGCCGGUGUCGACGCGGACGCCACUCUCGGGCCACGCGGCGGGCGAGGCCGUCGCGCCGACCCACACCUUCGCCGAGACGCUCGCCUCGCUGCCCCCCGCCGACGACGGCACCAGCCCCGACGGCAUCGACGUCCUCAUCGUCCCCGGUGGCGCCGGCGUCCGCGAGCCCCUCGUCGCCCGCCCCGUCGAGGACUUCGUCCGCGCUGUCUACCCCCGCCUCCGCUUCCUCUUGACCGUCUGCACCGGCAGCGUCAUCGCCGCGCGCGCCGGCGUGCUCGAGGGUCUCCGCGCUACUACUAACAAGCGGUCGUGGGAAUGGGGCCCCGACGUCCGCUGGGUGGCGCGUGCGCGCUGGGUCGUGGACGGGCGGGCGUGGACGUCGUCGGGGAUCUCGGCGGGGAUCGACAUGGCGUUCGCCUUCGUCGCGAACCAGUUCGGCGAGGAUGUCGCGCGCGACAUCGCGGACGCCGCCGAGCACUCGCGCCGCACCGACCCCAACGACGACCCGUUCGCCGAGCGCUGGGGCGCCAAGGAGAAGGAGUAA